UUCAGUCGGACUCAUAACUAGAGGUUCAGUUAGACCGACUGUUUGCAGAGCCAGGUCUUUACCGCUGUGCAAGACAAAAUCAAGUCUUGUUAAUAUUUCUCCAAACUUUUCUCCUCCAUUUUGUUAGGCGACGUAAAAACAGUUUAAUGAACAUCAAGGGAAGGAAUAAUUGUUUUUCAAAUGGAGCCACGUAGUUUUCCCGUGUUUUGGUGGGGCACGAUAUUCUUCGUUUACUUUGUUCAUCUUGAUCAUGCGGAUGGGACCUUUAACUUUUUCAAGAUAAGGAACCUCUGCAAAUUCUGUGAAGUGCAAACAUCCACCUGUGAAGACACCGGCACCUGCUUCUCCAAAUGCGGCAUCACCUCUAUUUGUGACCAGUUAGAUGAGGUCUGCGUCAGCAUCUGGUGGAAGAAUGACGACAACAUCACUGUGCAGACGCUGUGUCAUCACCCAUCCAUCCCGCUGCAUGGCCUGAUGCUGGAUGACUACAACACAAGCAAGUGCCUGAUGAAGGAGAAGAAGAUGCCCGGCUCCCAGUUCUACAUCUGCUCCUGCACUGGGGAGGAGUGCAAUGACGAGCUCAUCUUCCCUCCCUGGUCUCCCUCGGAAGAUAACCAGGUGUUGCUGGUCAUCCUGGUGAGCCUGGUCCCAUUGCUCAUCCUGGCGGUGCUGGUCAUCGCCACGUUCUAUUGGUACCGGGUGUACCGCCGUCGCAAGCUGAACCAGGAGUGGGAGAACAGGAAGCCUAAACAGAGGAAGGGAGUGGACUGCAGCGAAGCCUGCGCCAUCAUGAUCAGCGACCGAGACUCCGAUUCCAGCUCCACCCACGCCAACAACCUCAACCACAACACGGAGCUGCUGCCCAUCGAGCUGGACCUGCAGGUGGGCAAGGGCCGCUUCGCCGAGGUCUACAAGGCCAAGCUCAAACAGAGCUCUUCGGAGCAAUUCGAGACGGUGGCUGUCAAGAUCUUCCCGGAUGAGGAGUACGCAUCCUGGAAGAACGAGAAGGACAUCUUCUCAGACAUCGACCUGAAGCACGAGAACGUGCUGCACUUCCUGACGGCCGAAGAGCGCAAGGUGGAGAAGCAGUACUGGCUCAUCACCGCCUACCACCCGCGCGGGAACCUGCAGGAGUAUCUCACCCGCCACAUCAUCAGCUGGCAGGACCUGUGGCUGCUGGGCGGGUCGCUGGCUCGCGGCGUGGCCCAUCUCCAUAGCGACCACACGCCCUGCGGACGGCCCAAGGUGCCCAUCGUCCACCGGGACCUGAAGAGCUCCAACGUCCUGGUGAAGGGCGACCUCACCUGCUGCCUUUGUGACUUUGGCCUGGGGCUGCGAUUGGACAACUCUCUGUCUGUGGAUGACCUGGCUAACAGUGGGCAGGUGGGCACUGCUAGGUACAUGGCCCCAGAGGUCCUGGAGUCCAGGAUUAACCUGGAGAAUAUUGAGUCCUUCAAGCAGACUGAUGUCUAUUCCAUGGCUCUGGUGCUGUGGGAGAUCACCUCUCGGUGCAACGCCAUUGGAGAGGUGAAGGACUAUGAGCCUCCCUUUGGCUCUAAGGUGCGAGAGCACCCCUGUGUGGAGAGUAUGAAGGAUAACGUCUUACGAGACCGAGGCCGCCCGGAGAUCCCCAGCAGCUGGAACAGCCACCAGGGCGUACAGUUGGUGUGCGCCACCAUUAACGAGUGCUGGGACCACGACCCGGAGGCACGGCUGACCGCACACUGCGUGGCCGAGCGCUUCCACGACAUGGACCACAUGGACAAGCUAUCCGGGCGGAGCUGCUCGGAGGAAAAGAUCCCGGAGGACUGCUCUGUGAGUGACGGGAAGUAGACCCCGCCGACCUUCCCUGACCCAAGCCUGGGGAGCGGGGCUUAUGUCACCCGUCAAUCGCCCAGCCCAUGAGGAGCGCUCAACAGUGUCCAAUUCUGCUUUCCACAGGGACUCUUGCUGUGAGCUUGAGGAACAGAGUAACUGGAAGAUGUAUACCUGUAUAUGGAUACAUACCUGUAUAUGUUUUAUACAUUGGCCCUCCCAUGUCCUCCUGGAACAGCCCACUGAGAGGGGGAAGUAAUAAGCUGGACAGAGGCUAUAUAAGCAUUUAUAAUCGAUGUAUUUUGCGCUUUAUCAAAAUACCUACCUACGCAAUACAAGGCCGUGUGUUAAUGUACAUUCAUGAGUGAGUGAGGAGUGAGAAUUGUACAGACAUGUUUGUAACACUAAAGAUAAUCCAGCCUGUUUCUGCAAGUGAGGAGAUUGUAUAGCAAACCGCACAACUCUAAACUGACAAGUGAUGUUCAGUAGAAGUUUGUGCGUGUGUGCGUGUGUGUGUGUGGUGUGUUGUGUGUACGUGUGUGUGUGUGUGUGUGUGUGUGUGUGCGUGUGUGUAAAAGUAUGACAUUUCCUGUCAUAAAAAUAAUAUGCAAUGGCUCCAGCGUCACCCAGGGAUGGGGGGUGGGGGUCCCUUGGCCGUGAUGACACGGUCUCACUGUGCAUCUCUGAUGGCCGCUGGUCGAUCAGGUUCUGAUGGCCGCUGGUCGAUCAGGUUCUGAUGGCCGCUGGUCGAUCAGGUUCUGAUGGCCGCUGGUCGAUCAGGUUCUGAUGGCCGCUGGUCGAUCAGGUUCCCGUAUGUCUGCGUGUUAAGCAGCACACGAGUAGUCAUCCCUGGACUCAAGUGUGAGCCUGGCUUGUGAACUGCAGCGUGGUCAGAAGUGAUGCCUCAUGUUUUCCGGAGGAUGGCACACCCCUGUCUGUGCUGUCCUAGAUGGACAGCAGAGGUGCUGCCAGUGAGAGCUGAUGGAGAUCUGGGCUUUCCAAAUUGAGGAGAAAUGGGGGAGAAAACCAUUUAGGAAAAAAAACGAGAAAAAACACUACUAUGCAGUGAAGCUGCCUAUCAAAAUGGAAUAAUCAAAAUGGCCUCCGGGUGGCCCAGGCUGUAAAUAAGCGGUAAUAAAGCUUGUUUUCAGCCAAACGUGAGCCGUGUGACUGGGUGUUUGAGUCUUGGUCGCACCGUUGCCGGCUAUGGCCGAAGGUGUGUAUUGGUGAGGCAACAAUGGGCUGAGCCCUGCCAGGGGAUGAUGGGGGUAAGCCAGAAUCUCCAUUUGUCUAUAGCAGCCACUCUUGGUCAGACUAGGCGUUGGCAGACACAGAAACGUACAAUAUACUAAGUACCUUUUUUUACUCCGAAGAAGAUAUCAUAGAUGUCUGUUAAGCAGUGUGUAUGAGUUCUGUGUACUCCACCAUUUCUUAUUUUGGGCUAAUCCCUAUGUUGUCUGGGUAAGGAGUCUAAUCUGGAAUAUCCUGGCCUCGUUCUCCUCCAGUGACAUGGACAGUGUGUGAUUGGUGGUGUGUCAGCAGUGUGGCAAAUAGAGAGAAUAGGUGCCGUUAUGUGUCUGCCAUCUCCUGAUGUCGUCUGUAACGGCUGCUGGUGGGGGAUCAACAAGGUCAGCUGAAUUUGGGGAUUGGGGAAAUCAUGAAAAAUCAGGGAAUAUAAAAUAGGAGUAAUCCUAUCCUAUGCAAAGUAGGCUGAGGCUGGAACUCUGUUCCCACCAAAAUACAGUAUAUCACUACAGGUAUUAUUGUGAAAAGAAAAAACAACUAUACCGACACCUCAAAGGUCUUCUUGUUAUUUUGUAUGUAAAGUAUUGUGUAAUACAAUGAUUAAAGCAUUUCAGUAUUUACUCUAA